GGCUCUCCUCCUACCAAACUCGUUCCCGUUCCGUCAGUCUCAGUCAGAAGUCAGUAUUUUAUUUACUGGGUGUCGCGACUCAUCGUGCUGUAUACCGUUUCGCGUACAGUGCGAAUCUUACGAAAUGCUGGCCUGCUAGCCCGGGCCUCGAGACAGUUCGUCCAGCCGCCCAGGGCGCGUAGACCCUCGCAAGCAUAAUUAUGCGAUCCAAGAGUGAAGAAAAACAAAACAGCCCAAGAGAAAAAUCAAAGGAAUUGUGAUUUUUCAGCCGUUUUUUUUCUCCCGUGUCGGGCUGAAAUCGCGAGUGCGACCGUUAUACCGUUUCUCAACUGAGGAUUUUUCCGUCCGAUGAUGGUUUUACAAUCGGCCGAUCAUACAGCAUCCUAGAAAUUAUGGUUUUGAGAAAGAUCCUGGCCAUCGGAUUUAUUCCAUUCGCCCUCGGCUACCCGAUCCGCACGCAAGAUGUGCCAACGGUGAAUCUCGCCCUUGCUGCCGCAUUCUUACUAACGGGGGUUGUCUCCGUGGCGCUGUGCCUCUGUUGCAAAAAGCGACGUGACGGAUUUAAGGAAUUCAACAACCCACGGUCGUCAAACAAUAUUGGCUUUACGAAUGCCUUGGCUACGGAGGUCACGGUUUUUCCACCUCUGGGUGCAUCAGUGCAGAGGCAGGAACUCGCACUGGUGCCGCCGGUGAACAGUGAACCAACUUCAAAACCACCUGGAUAUUCCAAUGCAUCGGCAAACAUAUCAGAUUGGUUCACUGAUCAGAAUGGCAACUUUCCUCGGCAGCAGAUCUUCUACCAAAAAGAAAUGGGAUCUGGCUGGUUCGGCAAGGUCAUGGAAGGUGAAGUGCGAGGGACGAAAGUGGCCGUCCGGAUCCUGAAAGACGGCUCAGACCCGGAAGAAAAAUCCCACUUUCUCAACGAGGCGAAACCCUUCAGAGACCUUCAUCACAAAAACAUAGCGAGACUUUUUGGAAAGUGUCUCGAGCAAGAGCCUUAUCUUUUGAUAUUUGAGCUUUAUGAAAAUAGGGAUCUCAAAAAUUUUCUUUUAGUAAAUAGCAACAGCAAGGAUGCGCUGUUCAAACAAGGUAUCUGCCUUAAGUUAAUGACUGAUGUAUCUGAAGGAGUGAAUUUUAUGAACAAAAAUGGCUUCAUUCACUUGGAUCUCGCAGCACGUAAUUGCAUUGUAGCGCCUGACCUCACUGUGAAAAUAGGAGAUUAUGGAUUAGGUAUAGAUUUAUAUAAGAAUGAAUAUUACCAUACAGGAGGAAUUGCUGUGCCAAUUAGAUGGUGUGCUCCAGAAACAAUUUCGUUUACUUCUUCACAUAUUGAAACAAAACAGGUUACCGUAAAUGCAAAUGUGUGGUCAUUAGCAGUAAUCCUUUGGGAAAUCGCUGAAUUUGGCAAAUUGCCUUACAGUGAUCUUUCAGAUGAUGAAGUAAUUUCUAAAGUUUUUGGAGAAGAGAUGCUUCUCCUUCCUCAGCCCAACUGCCUUUCUGGACAGUAUUUAUAUAGCAUUAUGCAGAUAUGCUGGAGGAUGGAAAAUCGAGCGACGACUGAGCAGGUCAUUUCAAUGCUGCAGUAUUUAAAAACGAAUCCAUUCCAGGAAUCGGAUUUUGAGUCGCGUUGGAGGAAGUUGAAACCGAACACGGUUCCAAUUGUUGACAACCAUACACCGAUCCACUCUCCGAGGCACACGGAGCUCGCACAGAGGCCGAAACUCCAGACAAAGAUGGAAUUUGACUCUGGAGUCGACUUGGAGAUCAAGCCUUCAGACGAGAACCCGGAUUCAUGCAAGAUGAGCACGCCGAUGACCAUCUCCCCGCAGCUGUCGGUAACGAGUGAAGAUAUAUUUCAAACGUCCCAGAAGAAAUCGCCAAGCCUGACCAACUUGAAAGGGUCGUUGGAAGAUGUACAGUUCGACUCUUGGCUCCAGGGUGUUGAACAAAAGACCGAAGAGGAUCGAACGUUUGUCAAGAAUAUUUCAGAAGCGAUUAAAAAUUUAGAUGAGACGCUCGCUCUAGAGAAAACCUCAUCCUCAUCUGCUGAUUCGAGUAUGGAAUGCCAAAAGAAGCCUUCUGUUGAAUUUAAACUAGGGCCUACAAGUCUUGAACGUUACGAGUUUGGAUCGGAUACAGAAGAUGAGACUUGGAGACAUCGAAUUGAAAGAGGAGAAUUUACAGAGAAGGUAAAAGAAAAAUCAAAGUCAGUUACCGAUCUCAUGGUUCUGACUCACAUAGAUUCAGAAGAGAGCGAGAACGACUCAUUGCCCAGUUUAACAAGGCAGUACGCUUUAAAGAGAAACGGAACAAAAAUGACGACUUACACGGGUAUAGGAUUUAGCAGUGAAGGUAAUAUAAGGAAUGCCAUUCUUAGAGAGGAGCUAGAAGAAAAACUACGCUCACUUACCAUUUGGAAAAAUGAUGAUAGUUCGCUUCUAAGCAUUGGGAAAAACAGUUUUUUGGUAAAGUACGAUGAAAAGGAAAACAAAACUGCUGAAGAAAAUUUAGAAUCUCUUUUACCUAUCAGUGAUAAAGCAGACCAAAGAGAUGAAAUAAAAACUUUUUUAGAAAAUGAAAAAUUAGACAGUAGCAAGAGUCAAGAUGAACAAUCUUUUUUAGUCAAGGCUGCCUCGGAAACGACAUUUGACAAGAUCAAAAAUUGUGAUAAAACAGAGACUGGUAUUGUAAAUAGUGAGAAUGUAGAUAGUGUAAAUAGUAAAGAAGUAAAUGUUGAAUCCUCCGAGGCAGCUUAUAAAAAUGAAACAGCUGAGAAACACUCUAGUCAGGAAGAUUGUGUUCCUAAAAUCAUAAUAACCGAAUCUGAAUUGCAGCCAGAAAUUGAAGAGCCCGAAGAGCAAGUCGAGGUGAGUUUCAAGCCAAGGAAAUUUGUUUUCAUCUGCCGUGAGUCCGAAGAUUCUGACACGGAAAGUGCAAAUGAAUCUGUCCAAAUAAAUCAACCCGAAGUUCAAAAUGAACCGGAUUCUAAACUCGAGUCUUCAGUUAUCCUCGGUUCUUGUGAAGAGCACACUUUAGAUUUCUUCAAAGGCCUUAAAACAACAUUUUCACCAUCUGAACAGUUCUCCGAUGAAGAAGUCAACGUAAAAGAUUGGCCUGUGACCCCUAUAAAAGAAGCAAACAUUUUAGAUGAAGAAGAUGAACCUGAACAGAGAGUCGUAAAAACAGAAGUUAAGAAAGAAGAAAGGUUCAUUUCUCCAUUAAAUAUAGAUUCACCAAAAAGGAUAAAAUCUGAUUUGAAAUGUCCCAUCCAAUCUGCGCUCCGACAGCACAAUUCAAAAGUGAGCAAAUCUAAAUCUCUUGACUCAGGACUCAGUACAGAACAUAAAUUAUCCGAAAUUCCCGUUUUUAACAUGGCAGAGUAUGUUUCUGAAGAGUACAAUCAUAACGGCAGCUUCGAUUCCUAUUUUUCUAUAGAUUCUGGGCACAGCUCGGAGCGGUGUAUAGACCAGGACAAGCAAAUGAACGAUUUGAAGAAUCGUUUAGAAGAUGUAAUGAAAUAUACUGAUGAUUUCCAGUUGAGGAGUUCUGAAGAUGAGUACGGUGGAAAACUAUUGACUCCGGAUGAUGAAAGAAGUUCUGACUCUGGUUUUAGAGAUAAAGGAAGCCUAAGUGAAAGUGUCGAAGAUACAUGCGAUGAAAAGUACAACCUCGAAGAUAUCGAUGCCGAGCUUGAUGAUUACACACUAAAGAGUAAUGAUAAAGAUGAAUUGAAAUAUUACGAGCAAUUUGUAAAUGAAACGCCUCAGAAUAUUGAAGGCUGGUUUUUACAUCCCAAGCAAGAAAGUGAAAAGAAAGAAAACGGUUGGGUCUCCCUUUCCACUGAAGAUGAAGAGCAGCAAGUUUUGACGAUUGAUGAUGAAUUUGUCAAUGCAAUAAGGAAUGAACUGAAAGAAAAGUUACCGUGCGCUCAACAGACCAGCAAGGUCGAAGAGGAGAGCUCACCUGAACAAGAAACGACUGAUUCUAUUCAAUUUACUUAUCCGGCACAGCUGUCACCAAUUUUAGAAGAACAAGAAUCAAACCAAUCGUCAUUAGUGAUUGACGACAACUUACCCGUGUUGAUUCUCCCUCCUGUCGAACCUGCGAUAGACACGUUCAAAGAAGAUAUGAUAAAAGAAAUAGUUUUCAAAGAUACUCCUGAUAAAGAUCCAAUCAUCAUUGAGGACCUGGAAGAAGGUAAAGAAAUAAUAUUACCUUCGGAUAACUUCCCUGUUGAAGAUGAUGUUAUCAUGAUAGACACAGAAACGAAUGAAGUCACACUAAUUGAAAGUCCAAAGCCCCAGUCGCAUCUAGCAUUUGUUUUGCCAAGAAAGAUAAACGAGAACUUUAAAGACGACGAUUCAAUUGGUGUUAAUUCUGAAACAUACAUCCUCAGUCCAGACAAUGCUCCUUUGUCACCAGAUAUUUCAAUAGGAAGCGAUACUCUGUCUUCUCCUGAGAAUAAUAUGUCUGGCCUUUACAUGUCUCCUUGUUCCAUAAGAUCAGAUCUUUUUGAUUCCGGUCCACCGAGUCUACCCUUCGAUCUCGGCCAGAGCAUGGAAGAAGUUGAGGAAAUUUCAAUUGGCAAGCCCAACAAUGAAGCUGUUGAAAUAAUGCAAGAUUUAAUUGAUGCAGGGAUCAUAAAGAAAACCGAUAUUGUCAAAGAUGAUGAAUUGAUUGAAAAAGAUGUGAGCGAUCCGUGUAGUGUCGAGCCUGCGUGCAGUUACAAAGACGAGACUGAGGAACUUAUAAGGACCAAUUUUGAAGAUAUCAAGAAUGAAUAUGUUGAAGAAAGCAAUAACAUACAGGUUUUGAAAUAUGAGAAAAUCGAAGAAAAAAGUAACGGUACUGUGGAAAGCCCAGACAAGUCUGAGCUGAAAGGAGAGACAAAAGACAGCACAGAAGCUCCCGUGAUUGUUGUUGAAGAAGAAACGCCAAAACAUAAAAAGGCAGAGCAUGAAAUUGAUCUAUUGCUUGAAAAACCCAUGAGCAUGAAAAACGCUUCAGAAAAGGAACUUGAGAAAAAAAAAUCCGAUGAGUCCUGGCUCAAAGAUUUGUUUUUCCAAUCUGAACAGAAAACGCCAGAAGGCGAAUUGCCAAACAAAAACUGGCCUACGAGCGAAGAGCUGAUGUCGCCGUCUGGAAGCGAUGAGAAAGGUUUGGCUGCGAAGCCGAACAUCACAUCCACCCUUGCGCUUCUCUCACCUGACGUGAGUUCGAAUGACUCAAAAUGCCAGAGCCUGAUGUCAUCGUUUGCUUCAACUCCGACGUACGAAGACACAAAACUCCUUCAAGACAGUCUGAGCGACAGCAGCAAGGAGUAUUCAGUCAAGGCCACACCCACCUCACUCUCAAUUGGCACAAGCUCGAUUACGGUUCCGAUGCCGUCACCAGAAGACGCGGAAAAAGGCUGGCGGCCGACUAUCUGUCAACUCAUGGAGUUAACCGAUCAAGCAGAGGGAGAAGAGAUGACAACUUCUUUUAUAGAGCCGGAUGAAAAUGGGACAUACACUCCAGACUGGGAAAGCGACACGAGCGACGACCACUCAUCAUCGUCAAGUGGUGAAUUUGUUUGGAAGGAAGGUGAUAAAGACGAGCUGCUAAGGGGUACCGCAGAUACCAUCUGCUUGCUUCAGGAACCAUCAAAAAUGGAAAGGAUUGAUGAGGAGGAAGAAAACACGACUGACACAGACGAUGACACUUCUUCAGAAGAAAGCGGAACGGAAUUUGUACCAUCGACCUGGAACCCAAAUGCGACUCCCAUCAAAUCUUCUUUAAAAAGCCCAAAUAAGGUGAAAAGUGAAGGAAAACGUGUAGUUUUCGAAAAGGAAAAGUACCAGUGUGUUUAUAAGUACCCGAGGGAAGAAGUCGAAGAGGAAGAAGAGAUCAACACCCAGGCGUCCUCAUUUUCUGACUAUUCCACAUUUGGUGCUUACUCCUCGGAAGUUAGGGAUUUUACUAUGGAAGAUUGGGAUUUGGGUGACGUAGAAAUCCAAACGGCAAACGAGCCUGAUAGUGACAUUGAAGAUCAAGGAAAUACUAAAAAACACCAAGAUUACGAUUUCUACAGGCUUAACUAUAACAUGGGUCCACAUCUAAUAACAGAUGACGGUGAAUUUUACAUCAGCAGUUCAAGCCGCGCUUUCGACUGGAGCGACUCAGACGGAAGCGAAUUCUUCCCAGGACGGGAGAGCGAAGAGAUAAUCAAUUUUUCGCCGAAUGCCUCUGAUCUGACCCCUCUCAACCUGGGCGAGCUGCGGCACACAAAAGACACCCUCCGACUCGAAUUACCGACCCUCAUCCGACACUCGGAGAAAGCAGAGGCCUGCGUCUUAGACAGCGGUAUCGACACUGCUUCACCCCAGCAGGAAAAAUAAACAACCCUUAGUACAACGGAAAACCUCCCUUCAUUUGUACUUAAAUCAUCUUUUUAAAAGUGUUUAGUGGAUCUGCUUCCUUAUAACCCACUAAAGUUUUUUAUAUAUUUUUUUUAUUUAUUUAAUAUAUCACUUUUAUUUAUUUAUUUUUUUUCAAUAGUUCUUUAUUGGGAUUGUAUAAAUUUUUAUUUUUAUUUUUUUUAAGCCAACACUUCAUUUGAUAGAAAAAGUCUAUCUACUUCUUCCAUUUAUAUAAAUU